AUGUCUUUGGCAGCAAAACGGAAGCUCUCUGAGCUCUUGAACUCCCUUGAUUCUCCCUCGCCUGCCAGCACACCGAGGAAGGUCGCUGCUAUAUCGUCAAAGGAGGGAACACCGACACCAAAGAAGGCGGCGAAGCCUGGAUCACUGUAUGCUCCCUAUUCUCGAGAACUCUUCCUCGAGAGACUCGGGAUGUUCCGGCCAGCGGUGUGGUCCUACAAGCCUACCUCUAUCGACGAAGUCGCGUGGGCGAAACGCGGAUGGAUCUGCCCCGGCACCCAGAAGGACACAGUCGAAUGCGGAGUAUGCAGUCAGACUCUCCUCGUACUAUCACAAGCACAGGGUGAUGUCGAUGAGGAGGUUAGGGAAGCGACCGAGAAGGCAUUGGAGGAAAAGUACGCCGAGAUGAUCGUGACAUCACAUAAAGAGAACUGUCCCUGGCGGAAGAGAGGAUGCGAUGAAACCAUCUUCAGACUACCGUUAUCAGAUCCACAAUCUGCACGGGAAGCUUUGGAAUCACGAGUCGAAUCCCUUUUAUCACAUUCCGACACUUUGUCCUUGAAUAUCGACAUGAAAACCGGUACACUAUCACCUGACACCCUCCCUACCCUCCUCCGAAAACCCACAAUACCACCCCCCAUCCUCGCCCUCGCCCUCUUCGGCUGGUCCGCCACAUCCACCAACCCCAGCGACACAGCAACAGCAACCCUAACGUGCACAACCUGCCACCGCCGCCGUGGCCUCUGGAACCUAAAAGCCGGCGAUGAAUUGGACUUAGUGGAAGAGCAUCGGGGCUACUGUCCGUGGAUAUCGGCGGCGUCCCAGGCGGGGCCGGUGGCGGGGUGGGAGCAGUUGUUGCGGAUGAUGGAGAAGACGACGCCCAAGGAGCGGGAAGCACGGAGGCAGAGUGGGCAGGGGGCAGAGGUCUCGCAAGCUGAGACGGAAGAUGGGAAGGUAGACGCACCGGAAGAAGAUCCGGUGACUAGAUUAAGGAAGUUACGAGCCAGGCUGGGACUAUAG